AUGGUUUUUGGUAAACGUGUUGAUGUAGAAGGAGUACGUUUGGAAGUAUUAUUUGUGCUAUCGGGGACGAGUGUAAACACGAGAGCGGCGCGGCGGCACGGCGGGCGGCGUGACCACGCGGGGAGGGCGCCCGUCACUCGGGCGGCCGCCGCCGCGCGCUACGCUCGCAACAUGUCGGUGCGCGCGGACCACCGCGAUCGCGAUCGCUUCUCGAGGCACUCUUCCCGCGCUUCCGUCGACCUCGCGUUCCCGAGCGGCUCGAGUCGGGACCACUCGUUGCGCUCGGUGCACUCCGGCCGCGUGCCGAGGGUCUCCAGCGAUGACUUGAUGGUGCCGGUGCGCACGUUGCGCUCCGCUUCGUGCCGCGUGGCACCCGGUGCGCCCCACCGUCUGCGGCGCCACCACUCCUCGGCCGCCGACUGCGAGCGGGCGCGGCGCUCGCGGCGGCACACACUCGAGUUGCCGAACAGCCGGGGCCCGAGUGUCCGCAGCCGCUCCCCGGAGCCGCCGCCCUUGCCCCCGGAGCCCGAAAUCCCGCCCGAGGACGCUGGAAAGGAGGCGCGGCGCCGCCGCGUGGUGGCGGCCGUCGCAGCCUCGUUCUUCGCGCUCGCCCUGGCGUCCGUCCUCGUGGUGGUGGUGACACUGACCCACAGCUCGGUGCUCCGCGCACACAACCAAACGGCCAAGUACUACACGUUCUCCGUGCCGCCGCACCAUCCUCUCAGUGAGCCCCGUUCAUGUUGCCCCACCGUCGCCCCUCCCGCUUCGCAUGCGACUGUCUCCGACCCUGAGUGCGAGGGGCUGCGAACGUCGCCGUGCCCGCGCCAGCGCCGCCCAGGCUGCUCCUCACCGCCAACAUUUGCGGUACAUAUCGUGCAGUGCCUACACUCACAUUACGAACCAGCA